UGAGCGGAGCAUCACAGCCCGCAUUCAAGGAAACGGGCAAGCACAGCACUUUUUUUGACUUUCCAUAAUGUUCUAGCCUCCGUGCAACACCAGUCCUUUAAAAACAAGAAAUAUAUACAUUUCGACGUGGAUCCGUAUGGACGCUGUUUGUCUUUGAGAGGCUGGGAAUCUGCCCAGUGAAGGAGACCCCCCCAAUUGUUUCCUGCGCCAAGAACUGUAAAGACAUGGUCAUUACAUCUGUGAUGAACAGAAAGCAGUGAGUGUGAGGAAGUGUAAGAGGAUGCUCCUGAUCUGCAGGGCCCAGUGCUGAGGAGGGUCCACAGAGUCAACUGGUGCCCACCAUGUCUCACCACCAACACUACCAGCGAGGGCCCCACGGCCGCACCUUGAGCUCUGAGGAGAGGGCCUCCAUGCCAGUCAACAAGACCUCCACGCCAGUUCACAAGAGCGCCUCCUCCUCAUCUUCUUCUCAGCGCGACAGCCGGCAGGAGGCAGACAGCUGGGAAAUCAUUGAGGGGCUGAAAAUUGGCCAGAGCAACGUCCAGAGGCCUGAUAAACACGAGGGUUUUAUGUUGAAGAAGCGGAAAUGGCCCCUGAAAGGCUGGCACAAGCGUUUUUUUGUUCUGGACAAUGGUAUCCUGAAGUACUCCAAGUCCCCUAUUGAUAUCCAAAAAGGCAAACUUCAUGGCAGUAUCGAUGUCGGCCUCUCGGUCAUGUCCAUCAAGAAGAGAGCCCGUCGCAUCGAUCUGGACACCGAGGAGCACAUCUAUCACCUGAAGGUCAAAUCUCAAGACAUCUUUGAUGCCUGGGUGUCCAAGUUACGUCAUCACCGGCUUUACCGACAGAAUGAGAUUGUGCGAUCUCCCCGAGAGGCCACCAUGCGAACGUUUCCUCCACCGGCUGCCAUGGAGUCCCCCCAGCCUGCCUGCAGUGUGGUACGAGAAGCCAAGCAGGCCAAGCCAAGCAGCUUGCCGUGGACGCCGGUGGCCCCCAGCAGCAACAGCAACAGCAGCCUGCCUGCUUCCUACAGUAACGGCCAGAGCAAGGUGGUCGCUUGGCUGCAGGAAUCAGAGGAGAUGGACAAGUGUGCAGAGGAGCUUGCACGAUGCCAGUCCAACCUGACUGAGCUAAGCCGGCUAUUGCAGAGUUUGGAGAUUCUACAGAGGACACAGUCAGCGCCCAACUUCACAGAUAUGCAGUCCAAUUGUGUAGAAUUGUCAAAGAAAGAAAAGCGCUUGAACAGAAGAUGGAGAACAAAAAGUGUCGGCAAAGAUGCAAAAUUCCAACUUCAGGUCCCUCUGUCUGCCAGCAUGUCCCCUGUCCGCCUCCACUCAUCCAACCCCAACCUGUGUGCCGAGCUGGUGGACUUUCAACCCCCUGUCUCCCGGCUGACAGACAGCGUAGAGUGUGCCAGUGACUACAUUAAACUUCAGGAGGAAUUCUGCACCAUCGCCCAGAAAGUCCACUCUCUGCUGAAGUCGGCCUUCAACACGGUGGCCAUAGAGAAAGAAAAGAUCAAACAGAUUCUGUCUGACCAGGACCAGUCUGACCAGUCAGCCCAGAUCAACUCUCUCAGGAAGUCUCUGUCACAGGCCCUGUCCCAAAACGCAGAACUUCGAACCCGACUCAACCGCAUCCACUCUGAAUCUGUCCUGACUGAACAAGUUGUCAGUGUGAACAUCAUCUCCACGCCUGAUGAGGCUGGAGAACAGAUGGGGAUCCCUCUGACUCAGCAGGCCUCUAAUGAGAGCCGACUCUCCAUGUCGGAGUCCGUCUCCGAGUUCUUUGACGCCCAGGAAGUGCUUCUGUCAGCCAGCUCUUCGGAGAAUGAGGGCUCAGAUGAUGAGUCAUACGUCAGCGAUGUGAGCGAUAACAUUUCCGAGGACAACGCCAGUGUGACUGAUAACGUCUCCAGACAAAUGGCCAACGGAGACUUUGCUGGCAGUGCCUUCCGCAACGGGCGUCGCAGCUGCCUGCCGGCGCCGUGUCCUGACAUCAGCAACAUCAACCUCUGGAACAUCUUAAGAAACAACAUCGGCAAGGACUUGUCCAAAGUGUCCAUGCCUGUGGAGCUCAACGAGCCCCUGAACACCCUGCAGCGCAUGUGUGAAGAACUGGAGUACAGCGAGCUGCUCGACAAAGCUGCCGAGACUGAGGAUCCCUUUGAACGCAUGGUUCUCGUCGCCGCUUUUGCCGUCUCAGGCUACUCAUCCACUUACUACAGAGCAGGAAGUAAGCCAUUCAACCCGCUACUUGGAGAGACUUAUGAAUGUAUUCGUGAAGACAAGGGCUUCUGUUUUUUCUCUGAACAGGUGAGCCACCAUCCUCCCAUCUCCGCCUGCCACUGUGAGUCCAAGAACUUCACCUUCUGGCAAGAUGUGAGAUGGAAAAACAAGUUCUGGGGAAAAUCGAUGGAGAUUUUACCGAUCGGCACAGUGAAUCUCAUGCUUCCCAGGUUUGGAGAUCACUAUGAAUGGAACAAAGUCACCACUUGUGUGCACAACAUCCUCAGCGGACGACGGUGGAUCGAACACUACGGGGAGAUCACCAUCAGAAACACAAAGAGCAGCGCUUGCCUCUGCAAACUUACCUUCGUCAAGGGAAACUAUUGGAGUUCUAAUGUGAACGAGGUUCAAGGAUUUGUGAUGGAUCAAGAGGGGAAAGUGAUUCACAGGCUUUUUGGAAAAUGGCAUGAGGGGCUCUACUGUGGUGUCCCACCUUCUGCCAAAUGUGUCUGGAGGCCAGGCUCCAUGCCCACAGACUAUGAGCUAUACUACGGCUUCACAAGGUUCGCAAUUGAACUGAAUGAGCUUUGCCCCGAAUUAAAAGAUGCUCUGCCACGUACAGAUGCUCGAUUCAGGCCCGAUCAAAGGCAUCUGGAGGAGGGGAACAUUGAGAUGGCGUCCCUAGAAAAGCAGCGCAUUGAGGACCUGCAGAGAGUCCGCAGGAAGUGGAACGAGGAGAACAACAUCAAACUGGAGCCACGCUUCUUUAGGAAAGUGGUUGAUGCCAAUCACAGGGAGAGGUGGGUGUCCAACAACACGUACUGGGAGCUCCGCAAAAACCCCGGCUUCAUCAAUAUGGAACCUACAGUAAACCUGUGGUAGCACACGAAUUGACACGUCCAUCAUAUCGUCAUUGCAGACGGGACGGCUGUUACCUAUGCACAAUAAGGUAUUAAUAGAAACAUGUUAAUAAUGAAGCAUCCGUGUGCAGGGAUACAAGCGACUGCAGAGCCGAGGGAUGGCCUGAUGCCCAGUGACCCUGUCGAGGUUCUGUGGCACUGCCACACGGCCAUCCAUCCAUGGAAACAUCCUUUAGGAUCACCUUCAUUGUGCUUGUGGAAGCUGGGUUGUCAGGGCAACAGUCGUACCACUCCUAUGUAGAUCUUUCCUCAGCUCCUUUGACUUCUGAGUAUGUCCUUGCCUUAAAAAGACACCCAUACCAGUCACACGAUUUAGCGCUUUUUCGUUAAAGCCAUUUGAUUUCUGACAGCAGUUUGGGUUAGAUUAGUCUCUGAAGUAGACCUUUCGAUUACCUAUGAUACCUACGUGCAUGUUUAGAGAGCAGCUUUCACUGGCAUAAAGCCGAAUUUACUAUAUCAUCAAUUAUUGUAGAAAAAAAAGAGGUAUUUUUAUAAAAUAUCUUCAACUCAGAAUUUAGUGAAAUAGUAUUAUGUGAACUGGCAGAUUUUAUUUAUUUUUGCCUUUUAAUACUGUGGAAUCUGUGUGAUAGCAGUACUGUCUCUCGGGAAAAAGCUCGUUUCAAAUGAAUCUCGACUGCAGCAGAGGAAACGUGGCAUCAGUAGAUGGAAUUUUUAAAGAAUAUUUUCAGCGGCUCUCAAAGCUGACCAUGUGGUGGAGGGAGAGGUAGGUAUUAAAAUGAAAAUCCUAUUCUGGUGUUUUGGACAUGUGAUGCAUCACACACCCACACCCUUUACAGAUGUUUUCUUUUUUUAAACAGUCAACACAGAUCUGUCGGGGAGUCCAGUUUCUUCUCGCAGUGGACAUUCUGUGUACACAGAGGAGCCCUCCCCUGCUGCACUGCCUAAUUUUAAACAUUGUUACAUGAAACCGGCUCCUCUGAAUCACAUGGUUACAUAAAUACACACAUCACUCCCUCCAUAUAUAGUGGGCACAUGAUAUAUAUGUAAUGGACUCACCAUGAUACCUUUAUCCAAAUCAAAUGUCCAGGAAAAUAUGGUGUAGUAGGUUGUACGGACUGUAACGCCCUCAGAAACACUGUGAUAUAUAAAUGGAAAUGUAAAGUGAAAUAGUCAAUUUUUUCCAAUAAGAGGCUAAAAACGUAUCAACGUCCAGCUAUGUAAACCUUGAGCUGCAAUGUGCAAUGCAUUUUAAAUGAUCAAAAAGUAUUUAAUUAACAAAAUACUUUAAAAAAUAUUGGAAAACUUAUGAGAAACCGUUUACCAAAGCCCCAGAUCAAUAUCUUGCAUUUACAUGCUUGUAAUAGCAACACAUUUUUUAAUUUAAAAUGAUAAAUAACAAAGAAAAGAACCUAUUACCAGCAGCUGUUUGGUAUUGUUCUUGAUUGAUAACCUAAACUAUUAAUCAAUCAUCAUAACUGGAUUUUUUAAUUAUUAAUUAAUUAAUUAGUUUAUCAUAUCAGCACUCCAUAACUCAUUCAGCCCAAAGCACACAGUUGAGUCCACACAGUUGAAACACCAGAGCCACCUACAGGUCAUCACAUUAAAAUGCAGUUUCAGGAUCAUGUGGAUACUCAACUUGCUUUGCCUGGGGGCCACUUUUGCAAAAUGGCAGGAGGUCAGGGGCCAGUUGAUUAAAAAACAAACAUUACAAUAUUUAUCAGCAGAUAAGUUAAAUGAACUGCUUCCUCUUCUUCAGUGGCAGCAGCUGUGCAGAGAUCAAGUGUUCGCAGAGGAGUUUCUAGAAUGUUUUGACAAUAAGAGUUUAGCCUGGACCUCUGUUCAGGGUUCCCAUGGUCAUGGAAAAUCUGGAAAAGUCAUGGAAUUUCACAAUAACAUUUUGCAGGCCUGGAAAGGUCAUACAAUUAGUAAAACAUCAUUGCAAGUUUUGGAAAAAUCAUGGAAUUUUAUUUUGUGUAAUGGAAUUGUUAUUCCUUGGAAAACCUUCUACAUAAUGUAACAUAACUGCAAUUUUUUUUCGAUAGCUGCUGGAAUAGCGUAGCUGCAAAUGUGUCGAUGUGUGACAGCGCUUCGUUUACCAUCAUGGCACGUUUCUUUAUUUUCUCCCCGUAUUCCCUCUCUGUCCUCGUUUGUGCCAGCUUGCGGAAAUUAUGUGUAAAAAUGUAUUAUGGGGUCCUUGAAAAGUCAUGGAAACAUUUGAAAUUAUGUCCAGAAAAAUGUGUGGGAACCCUGUCUGUUGGGGAGCCUUCCCUGGCACUUUUUCUUUGAUAAACAAGCUCUAGCAACAUUUUUUCAGUCAGAGAACAGAUAAAAACUCCCAGUGUGAAUCAGCGUCUUGUCAUUGGAAAUCAGAAAAAAGUUUGCAGGCCACCUGGCACCCUGUUGCAUUCCAGAUUUGGUCCACGGGCUGUGAGUUGAGUAUCACUUCUGUGGGUCAACAAUAAGCAUUGUCUGAAAUGUUUCAGACAUUAAAGUCAAACAUGUAUGUACAGUAACAAUUCUACUGUUAAAAAAUCAAAAUGUGAGUGAUUCCACAGAGACUUUACUGCUAUAAUCUGGACUUCUGCAAAGCACCAGUUACCUAUUUGCAGUUUGUGUUUUUAUGCAAAGCAGAUUAGCUUUAAUAACUAGUGUCCUCCUUUUGUGUUACAGAGCAGGAAAAUAAAACACUUGGCCCCUGAUUGAAAUCAGCCCCCAACACACACACACACACACACACACACACACACAAAUUACAUAGUCCCACAUUGUGUGGGAGCACAUUUGAGUUCCCCUCAUUCAGAAGCCCAGGGUGAGGACACUGAAGGAAGAAAAAAAUAAAUAAAUAUAAUAUGUAGAAUGAAAACUAUGUGAAGCAAAUCCAUCUUGCGUGCACUGUUCAUAUGGUACUGUAGAUUACAAACCAAAAAGGUAGUACUGCUUUGCAUCCAUAUCCUUUUUUAUCUUGUGUGCUUUUACUUUUGUCCUUGAUCACAGACUCAAUGCUACAACUUGUUAGCGUCAGUUUCACUUGCUGUGCCUUAAUGCAUUUAUUAAUGCCUCACAAACACAGUACUGACAAGAAUCCCCAUGCCAAGAAGGUAUGCCAUUAACAAACACAUUAUCCAGUCUGCACCUGCCUACAGAUCAUAAAUGAUACUGAAAGCGUUGAGGGUUUAGCUGUUGACGAAAUGUCUAAAGUCUUAAAGGGAAAUGUUUCUUUUGACAAUAGACAAGAAAAACUAAAGGUUUAACUGUAAAAUGCUUGCAGUGUUAAAAGAUGUUCUGCACUGCUCUGCGACUCGAACAUGCAACCAACACAUUUUUGGUGAUCACUGUAAAUACAGCACAUUUAGAAGAUGGGUCACUACUGCAAUAGCUGAUUCCCUUUUCCUCCUACAUCAGUGAUUUUUUUUAAAAGAGACUGAAUCUUGUGUGAGGAGGUAGGAGCAACGCUUUGCGUAGUGUUUGGUAUUGUAGAGUUGGACUGUAGUGGAUUAAAAAAAAAUCAUAAAAACCUCCUCAUGCUUUCUUCAUCCACUGUUCUACCUGCAUGUCUAGACAACUUAGCCUGCCAAUGAAUGUUGCAGAUGCCUUACAAAAAAAAGGUUUUUGUUUUCUCAAUUGGACACUUUUUUUUUUAUUUGUUUUGGACUGACGUAGAUCACGAAGCACUGUGUCAGCUCAGUUUCUUUCAAAUCUAUUUCCUGAUGGGUACCUUCUGAAGUGCAAUUUUAACAACGUACAUAUCUUUCCAUGAACACUGUACACUGCUGCUACAUAGUGCUUGUUCUAAUAAAACUGUAAAACUCAA